AUGUAUAAGGUUAGGCAGUUACCUCACCCACCCCCUCAAACAAUUAUGCUUGCAGGUUCCGAAAGCAGAAGCAAGCUAUUGCAAGUAACUCACAAAUAUGGACCUUGCUCACUGUUGAAGGAAGGGAAAUCAAAAACCCCUAGUCUUAGCCAGAUUCUCAGCAACGACCAAACCCGAGUGAAGUCCAUCAAUUCAAAACUCUCCAACCAACAGUCAUCGGUAGCAGAUUCUACAGUAAUAAUUCCUGCCAACUCUGGCGAUUCGCUAGGAACUGGAAACUACAUUGUCAUGAUUGGAUUUGGAACACCUGAGCAAAAUUUCAUACUAGAAUUCGAUACAGGUAGUGAUCUUACUUGGAUCCAAUGCCUACCAUGCAACUCCAGCAAUUGCUAUCCACAACAAGAUCCCUACUUCAACUCUUCAGCUUCCUCCACCUAUUCCAACAUCUCAUGUGGCUCCAAUGCAUGCUCGCAACUGCAAUCAGCGGGCUACGCACAGUCAUCCUGCACCACCAAUUGCCUCUACCAGGUCACAUAUGGUGACGGAUCUACCUCUCAAGGGGACUUUGUAACCGAUACACUAACACUAUCUUCAUCUGAUUUGUUCUCAAAUUUCGAAUUCGGGUGUGGUCACAACACCAAUGGCCUAUUUGGUACUACAGAUGGUUUACUAGGCCUCGGCCGCAGACCGUUCUCUACGGUAUCACAGACUGCUACAAUAUAUGGAAAGAAUUUCUCCUAUUGUCUUCCAUCAUCAACCAGCUCCACUGGUUUUCUAGCAUUCGGCAGCCAAGCCAGUUCCUCCUCUUCUAAUGCUCAAUACACUCCACUACUAACAAGUUUGAAUUAUGCCUCAUUUUAUUUCCUAAAUAUGACGGGUAUAAGUGUUGGAGGACAAACACUAUCAAUUGCAGAAUCAGUUUUUACAACUUCAGGAACCAUUAUAGAUUCUGGAACUGUCAUCACUCGGUUGGCACCAACAGCCUAUUCAGCUCUUAGUUCAGCAUUUCGUCAAGCAAUGUUAAAUUAUCCCUCUGCGCCACCAUAUUCACUAUUCGACACAUGCUAUGAUUUUUCUGGAUACAGUACAGUAACAGUACCAACCAUAGUGUUGCAUUUUUUGGGGGGUACUGACUUGAAUGUUGAUGUGUCUGGGAUUCUAAUUCAAGCAAGCUCAACUCAAUUUUGUUUGGCUUUUGUUGGAAAUAGCCUUCCUACCGAUUUUGGGAUCCUUGGAAAUAUGCAACAGCACACAUUUGAGGUGGUUUACAAUGUGGCAGGAGGAAAGCUGGGAUUUGGCGCUGGUGCUUGUAGUUAAGAAGAAUAAAUCCCUUUGUAAUAUAUGGCUCGAAUUCAAGCGAGUGAUUGAUUAUCAAUAAAAAUGU